CACACACACACACCCCCCAGAACCUCCCACUCUCCUAUUGCAUGUCAGAAGCAGCACACGCUGUUCCCGCCCGGGGGCUCCAAGGACCCCCACACUGGCUCCUGCGCGCGAGCCCGCCGGGUCUCCCCUGCAGCCCCACACAGACGCUGCGUCCCCUCUCGUUGGCAGUUCGCUAUCCCCCUCGAUUCCCCCUCUCCUCCGGGCUCCCUGAGGCAUUUGGAGGCUCCCACCGUCGGCUCCAAAUGUUUUCCAUAUUUGUUCAGCCUCCGUGAUUCAAAUACCGGGAGCGGCUCAGCCUGCGCCCAGCCCAGUGAGCUCCCGGGGGCCCCGCAGCCCACCCAUCCACCGGUCAUGGGCCAGGACGAGCAACCACCAGCCCCCAACGCUCCCCAAGGCAAAUGGAGGCAGGGGCCACCGGCGCCCGCCGGGGAACGGGGCACCGCCUCGGGGGCCCAGAACGACCGGGGGCCGAAGAAAGGCAAAGGGGACCCCAAAGCGUGCCGGGAGGAGGAAGCCCGGACGUGCUGUGGCUGCCGUUUCCCGCUGCUGCUCGCCCUGUUGCAGCUGGCCUUAGGCAUCGCUGUGACAGCCGUGGGCUUUGUUAUGGCAGGCGUCAGCUCUUCCUUGCUAGUCAGAGAUACUCCAUUUUGGGCUGGGAUCAUUGUUUGUGUGGUAUCCUAUCUUGGGUUGUUUAUGCUCUGUGUCUCGUAUCAAGUUGACGAACGGACAUGCAUCCAGUUUGCUAUGAAGCUGUUCUACUUUCUGCUGAGUGCCCUGAGCCUGAUUGUCUGCGUCUUGGCAGUGGCUUUUGCCGCACAUCACUACUCCCAGCUCACGCAGCUGAUCUGCAAAAACACUCUCGAUUCCUGCCAGUGCAAAAUGCCCACAUCGGAUCCGCUCAGCAGGGCCUUUGUUUACCAGGAUGUCAGUGACUGCACCAGCAUCACCAGCACUUUCAAACUCUUCCUCCUCAUCCAGAUGGUUCUCAACUUGCUCUGUGCCAUAGUGUGCUUGCUGGCAUGUUUCAUGAUGUGGAAACACAGAUACCAAGUCUUUUACGUGGGCGUCCGCUUGUGCUCCCUGACUACUUCUGAAGGCCCCCAGCAGAAAGUCUAAUUUUUUCAUUAAGGUUGGGGAGGGGGAAAGAAUAGCCCACGAAUAUUCCGAGGAAACUCGAAGACCUAAGAAUUAAAAACAGCAACAGCAACAAUUUUUUUAGCACUUACUAAUGUGCAUAGGUUCUUAAUGAAUAUAUUUUUAUAUAUCUCAGCAAUACUAUUUCUAUUGCAGAAAAUUUUGGUAGGAAAAAAAAUCUAGAAAACUAUAGGACUGUAAAAGGAUAGUUCAACAGAUAUUCCAAUAAAACCAAUUUAUGAUUAUCUACAAUGGGGAAGGAUAAUAGCAUAACUGAAAUCUGAAUAUAGUCCCUUGGGCAGCUAGAUGGCAUAGUGGAUAGUGUCGGGCAUGAAAUCAGGAAAAUUCGUCUUGCUGAGUUCAAAUCUGACCUCAGACAUGUCCUAGCUGUGUGGCCCUGCACAAGUCACUUAACCCUGUUUGUCUCAGUUCCUCAUUUGUAAAAUGAGCUGGAGAAAAAAAUGGCAAACAAAUCCAGUGUCUUUGCCAGGAAAAUCCCAAAUGGGGUCACAAGGAAUCAGACACAACUGAAAAGACUGAUCAACAAUAAAAAUUGAUAUUCUAAAGCUCAAAAUUAAAGCAAUUCAAAGAGACUCUGAAUUCCAGAAACACCCUCAACAUGCACCCUUAGGAGUGCUUUCUUUUAUGGCUUCCCAAGGGCCAAGAGCUGCUUGAGCAAGUUAUAUUGUUCCCUACAGAUACAUUAAUUUCAUUUUUAUCUCCUGUAGUCCAACAGUGAUACAGACUCAAAGCCAGGCUUCAGAAGGGAGACCAGAAAUAGGAGACCUGGAUAAACCACUGAAGUAAUCCUAAGAAACUGGAAGACAAAAGCCUUACCAGUAUAAAUAUUUGCCACAUAGCACUGGUGACCACAAAUGUUUGGUGAAUUGAAUUACCAUGAAUUGAAUCUGAAGGAGGCGUGUGUUUAUUUAAAGGUGUCUACUGAUGACUAGCUCCUGAGAAACUGAAAGGAGACAAAUAGGACUAUUUUUUUUAACAAACUAGAAGUUAUUUUUAAUAAUUACAUUUGCCAUCCAUUGCAUAAAACAGUUACAACUUUUUUUUUUUAAUUGCCACUUGUAAUUAUGUUUAGAAGUCUACUUAAUUAACCCUGGGUUCAAUUACCACGACAUUAUUAGUGUUCCUGUGAACUGUAUUCAUAAACAAAAGCCAAAAAAAGCUAUUUUUCCUGAGAGCUAAGCUUUACAAGGGAAGGAGAUUUAUAAAUAACUUGGAUUUAAUAUAUAUAUACGUAUACACCCACAAAUAGAAAGGAAUUACAAUGAAAAACAUUAAUAUUACCACUACAUUUGAAAACUAUCUUUGUAAUUAUUUUCUGGAAGAAUCAGAAAGCCAAUAUGUUUAUCAAAUAUGUAAUUCUAUUAUCCAUGCACUGGGUAUCUCCAAAGUCUUACUUCAGUUUUAAGCUUAACUUUAGCAGGCUUAGUACUUAAAACUACACUAAAAAUUUUCUGGUAGAUCCUAUAUAUUCAGUCACUUUUAAGAAUCUGGGCAUUAUUUUAAAGUCCUUACUAAAGCCCACUAAUAUUAAUGAUAAUUUCAUUUACGUUUCUAUGACCUUCUACACUAUCAGUAUAGCAUAAUGGCAUUCAUUCAUCCAAUGAGCAUCUACUUAGUACCUACUAUGUGCAAAGUAGUAUUAAUAAUCUGUAAGUUCCAUGAACAAAAACCUCUUUUUAAAAUUAGAUUCCAUUCACUACUAUAAUGUCAUCAUUUUCAGGAAGGCAAUAAAGAUGGGGAGUUUGAAGGUAUAAAUAUACAAGAACAUUCCUCACAUAUACUUAUGUUUGUCAGCAUGAAAGCACAUAUACAAGUUUUCCCUUUAGUAAUCUCCACAUACUUCUCCUGUUUUCCUGUUUCUUAGCUAGCUACAAAAUGGCAAAACUCCCACAAGAUCUUUUGUGACUUGGAAGACCAAUAAAUAAUUUUGAUAUGAUUGUGAAAAUGAAGUGUCUUUCUAUGUAAUGCCAAAUGUCUGGAUGAAAUAAGACUUUCUUCAAUCUUCCAGAUGUGUGCAAAUAUUUAGAUUAUUGUAACUGAUAACACAACUUUUUAAAAACUUUUCAUCCAGACAUUUUGACAUUGUAUAGAUAGAGGUGAGAUGCAAAAGUAAUAGGGAAGGGUUGGAGUAGAAGGAAAAUGAAAGAAAGAGAGAGAGAGAGAGAGAGA